CAUUUGUUGUUGUUCGUGCGAUCGCUUCGUUGUAUUUUAUCUUUUUUACCAUUUUGGGCGGUAUAAUCAUUAAUAAUCGUAAUUUCACUCUUAUAGUUUAUUAUUGAUAGUAACUGAAUAUUUAAAAUGAAAGAAAAACGUGAUAAAGAUAAACGCAGCAAGAAACACAAGCAUAAAGAAAGGAGAAGGCGCCACAGCAGCUCGAGUUCUUCAAGUUCAGAAUCUGAUGAAUGGGUAGAAAAACAGACCAAAGUACAAGAACCAGCUCCAGAAAGGGAAGAUUGGAUGUCUAUGACUGGUAUGCUCAGGACUUUCACAAAAGAGGACAUCAAACCAAAGGAGGAGAAAAAGAACAAGAACCACAUAGAUUCAUACAAUCCUUCAACUAGUGUUAGAGAAUUAAAUCCUUAUUGGAAGAACGGAGGAGCUGGUCUUCCUCAGACAUCAGCAGAACUCCGCAAGACCCGUCAGUUUUUAAAGCCGGAUGACGACGAAGUUUAUUAUAAAAGGUCCUCAUCUGCAAAAGAUUAUGAUAAAACUGCUGAAAGUAGUUAUAGUUCUAAGCGUUCAGAGAAAUCACACAGAGAAUAUGAUAGGUAUCAUAAGUCGGAACGGGACGCCCCCAGACAAAAUUGGAAGGUACGCAAUGAUUGCGAGACUAAAAGGUCAGCCACAAAACAAUGUUCACCUUCACCAAAAGAGGAGAAUUCAAAGCAAGUAAUGUUAGAACACCAUAUCAGAGAAAGGAAAGAGAGAGAAGAUGAAAAAGUAGAAAAGAAAGAAGACUUGUACAUGAGCGAUGAAAAGCUGAAUAAAUUGGCAGCAAAAGUUGUUAAAGCUGAAAUUAUGGGGGACACGGCACUGGUUGCAAAAUUAAAGGCCAAGUUAGAAGCAGCAAGGGAAUACCGUAAGCAGAAUCCCAAUGCUGGUAAAGAGGAUGAAGAUGACCGUGUUAUGCUAAUGUCGACGAGCAGUUCAGGUAACAGCAGACCUCUGGCUAAUGUCAGUAAGGGUGAUGCAAGAAGUAAAGGAGGUAAACGUAAAGCGGAGACUCAUGCCUCUGGUGAAAGAACGAAAUACUUUGGUAACGAUGAUAAGUACAACUUAGCACAGAUGUUUGAACAAGAGAAAUACGGCAAUAAUUACGAUGAUGAAGCGCAGCUAGCGAAAAUAGCUAGUAAGCACAAGAACCCCAAUGAUGACUUAGAAGACAUAUUCAUGGAUGACAUAUCUAAGAAUAGGAACGAAGCGAAGGACAGGGAAGCAGAAAAGCAGAGAGCUAUCAAGCAACAUGUGAAAUUAGAACGGUCAUUAGAAGGAUGCGAAUUCUGUGUAGACUCAAGGAAUAUGUUGAAACAUUUGAUGGUUAGCUGCGGAAGUAAGGUGUAUGUUUCAGUGCCAGCUAAACAAUCAUUGGUGAAAGGACAAUGUAUAAUAACGACUAUUCAACAUAAUACUUGUGUUACAGCAUUGGAUGAAGAUGUUUGGGAUGAGGUGUUGACAUACAGAAAAGCUCUUACACAAUUCUACAACUCACAAAAUCAGGAUGUAGUCUUCUUCGAGAUAGCGACCAGGUUACAUAGAUUCCCUCAUAUGGUCAUAAACUGUGUUCCGUUACCAAGAGACGUUGGAGACAUGGCAGCAAUAUAUUUUAAGAAAGCUCUCCUAGAAUGCGAAACUGAAUGGUCUAUGAACAAGAAAGUAGUGGAGCUAAAAGGGAAGGAUGUCAGAAAAGGUGUUCCGAAGGGACUGCCAUACUUCUGGGUGGACUUCGGCAUGGAGCCCGGGUUCGCUCAUGUCAUUGAAGAUCAGCAGUUGUUCCCAAAGAAUUUUGGAGAGGAGAUAAUCGGAGGAAUGUUAGAUCUGGAACACUAUUUAUGGAAGAACCCUAGGAAGGAAUACGGUGAUCUACAAAGGAAGAAAGUUCUGGAGUUCAUCAAAGAAUGGAAACCAUUUGAUCCCAAUAAAAAAUGAGCCGAU